AUGGUGAAAAACAAUUGCGAUCGCGACCCUGAAGUUUCAGAAGACAUGGUGGAGUCCAUAGAUGAACUGAAAGAAAGACUAUCAGUGAUGAAGAAGAUGAUGGAAGAACGGAAGGCCGCAGGCACAGGGACCAAGGAGCUCUUCCAGGGCCAGGCCACAAGCCUUCAGGGAACCACUAUGAUAGAUGGAAACUUCCUCAGUUUCGUCUUCGGAGGAUCCCUUUUCGUAAUCAUCAGUGUAUCAGUUUACGCCUUUUACAAUCUCUACCACGCUGUCCUUAAGAAAUUCCCCUCGACCCACACUGAGUUGUAAAUCGAACUGUAAUGAAACGCUACAAGGUUCAUUUGUGAUUGGUACGAAUAAUUGUGUGUGAAAAAAA